AUGUCUGCCAAGAAAAAGAAACAAAUAACAAAUCUUGCCAACGGUCGCCCUCCAGUUUUCAACAAACCGAAAAGUUUUUCUAGGAAAGCAACCAAAGCCAUCAUCAACAAGCAUCAUCUGCUUCAAAAGAGAAAGCGGCAGGCACUCAAAAAAGGUGACAAGGAAGAGGAAGCGAGAAUUGACAAGGAAAUCGAGGCUCUUGGUGGACUCCAAAAGUACCAAGAGGCAAGUCUACAGGGUCAACGCCAUGACAGGGGUGGUGAUAGCUCCAGGGUUCUCAUGGAAUGGCUGAAGUCAGUCCUUUCGCCUGAGAAAGCAGGGCCGAGUCAACGGUUGCGCAUGCUUGAGGUCGGCGCAUUGAGCACAGAGAAUGCUUGUUCCAAGAGCGGGUUCUUUGACAUCGAGAGAAUCGACCUCAACAGUCAGAGCCAGGGUAUUAAACAGCAAGACUUCAUGAAGCGACCGUUGCCGAAAGACCAGUCAGAGAUGUUUGAUAUCAUUUCGCUGUCUCUUGUUCUCAACUAUGUCCCAGAGGCAAAGGAGAGAGGAGAGAUGCUACGGCGAACGACACAAUUCUUGUUCCCUCCAGGACGACACUAUCCAACCCCCGAACUAGCCGCCAACUUUCCCAGCUUGUUCCUGGUUCUCCCAGCGCCGUGUGUCACGAACUCUCGGUAUCUCGACGAUGAUAGGCUUGAGGCUAUCAUGGGUUCUCUCGGUUACGUUAAGGUUUGCUUCAAGCAGUCAAAGCGCCUAGUUUACUAUCUGUGGAGGAGAGGGCAGGUUCCUGAAGAAUCCAAGGCUCGUUUCCCUAAGAAAGAGAUCCGACCCGGCUCAACCAGGAAUAACUUCGCUGUCAUCUUAGACUGA